CGGUUACCUUUUUUUUUUUUUCCUUUUUGUUUGCCCUUAUCAUCAUGAAGUGAGAAACGAUCGAAUGAUUCACAAAGCCCAAACGCCAGUCUUGUGCUGUUUCUACAUUUAUUAUUCGAUCCCACAACGACCACAGCCUCAUUUUGGUUCAUUGAUAAACGCUUUACCUUCUUCCCAUACCUUUUUUCUCACCCGUGUUUAGUUUAUGCUAGCUAUAGCUAGUAUCAAUAAUUGACACUUGAAUUGCUUCCUAUCUACUUGUACUUGAUAUCUGUGUGGAGGAGAUUUGUUGGAUAUGGCUUCUGAUGAGACUAUGACCAUACACUCUUCUACGCAGGAAGAUGAGUAUGAAGAAGAUAUCUAUGACGGGUAUGAUCAUGAUCAACACCCCCAUCCCAUCAACAUAUCCAGGCUUUCUGUGUGUACCAGCAAUUCCAUGUUUGGGAAUGAUGAAGACGAUGAAGAUGGGAGCUACUAUCACGCUGUCGAUGGAGACAAUGGCAUGAGGAUGUUCAUGUCACGCUUGUCCAUUGAAAGCUUUGACGCCGACGGGGAAUUCUCCGACGAAAAAGAAGGCAAAGAAGGAACAGGGCUGUCGUCUGAUGAGGAGCCGGGUUGUUAUUCACUGCCAGCAACACCCACGCGGCGUAGGAACCGGUGCGGGCUGGUAAAUCUGAAUCUGAGUCUGAAUCUGAAUCAUCCCCAGCAGCUGAUAGGGGUGAAAGAGUAUGCCAGCGAAAAUGAAGCUCAAAAGGGUGUUUCAGUAGGAAAAAAGAUGCGGAACAAUGCAAGGAGGAGGAGGAGAGUGAUAAGGGAUAGAUCGCUGUUGGAAAAGUGUAGUUGGGACAAUUUUGAUUGCAGCAAGAGCAAGAGCAAGAGCAACAUGGGGGCGGAUGGCGUGAGUGGGGAAAGUGACCAGGGAGGCGGGGUUAGCGGCGGCGGCGGCGGAGGAGGGUUGAUGGUAAUAACAAGGCCAAAGGGAGGAAAAAGGUCACUUUGUAUGGACUUGGAUGAAGUGAAGGCGUGCAGAGAUCUUGGGUUUGAGCUCGAACACGAGCGCAUGCUGGAGAUGCCCUCUCAUCUCUCUGUUUCUGGUUCUACACUUGACACCAGCAGUGGCGGCAAUUCCCCAAUUGCCAACUGGCGCAUCUCCAGCCCUGGUGAUGAUCCACGAGAUGUGAAGGCUCGGCUCAAGGUAUGGGCACAGGCUGUGGCGCUAGUAUCUACAUCUCGACAGGGAAACUGACUAUAAUUUUAUUUCUACGGCCUCUGUUUUUUUUUUUUGGGAAAUUAAGAAAGUUGCUUCUUGCUUUUUCUUUCCACGAAAGGCUCAUCUUUUUUUGAAGCUUUUUUCUUCAAUUUCUUCUCUCUCUCUGUUUUUUUUUUCUUCCUCCGAGUGUUGGGAUUGUAGAUUCAGUUCCCUUUUUGGUUGCGCACUACUUUUGAUAUGUAAAUAUCCUCACUGUAAAUAUAGCAUGAUUGAGGAUGGAACCAUGAUGAUGAUAGGCUUAAAACACAAAUGCAUGCUGGUAUGAUUUUCCAGGUUUGGUUUGGUCUGCCCUUGUAUUCACUCUGUCUUCAGUUUUUGCAUGUUGAUUGAUUUGAGUGCUUAAUCCCAUUGGAGAGGGGAUUAUGUGUAAUACCUUGUGUUCAAGGAUAAUGCAUGUGAAUUUUAUUCAGUGAUUUAAAUGAUGAAGCUGUGGAAAGUCUUUUGCUUCAA